AUGGGGCAAGCCUCUCUCCCGGUUGUAAACCGGUCACGUCUCGAACGUCUACCCGUGGAGAUCAUCCAAGAGAUCUUCCUCUACUCUCUCGAGUUUAACUUCCCUAGAGCGUCGCGAUUUAUCGCUGGGAUUUUAUCCAAUACGGUGAUUUAUACCUGGCUCAUUCGACUCGCGUUCAGCAGCGCCAACGAGAGUUCAAAACGGGGAUUCUUCACCCCGGACUAUCUACCCGCGCCAUUGGAUUUCUGGGCCCUUUCGACGGAAGAGCGGAGAGAUCUCCAGACAGACAUCCUAGCCUGUGGCUGGUGUACCUUGCCGCUGAUUCGGAAGUGUCAGCGGGAGUACAUAGGACAUGUCAUUCGGCGUCAGAUGCAAGUUUUCGAGUUCUGCGCGGACGAACUGCCCGCGCUGGCCGAGAUGAGCCGUCUUUUCGAGAAUCUGGAAGAGUGCGAAAACGACGAGAGGCUUCACGCACAAGGCGCUAUCAACCUCAAAGCCCACGACCGAGCCACCGGCAAGGAAGUAAAAGUGGCAGCAUGGUUUCACCACGGGGCUGUACAAAUCCUGCAGCCGAGCGGGAUGGACCCCCGGUACGAGAUCUUUCAGCUGCCAGAAUGCUCGACUGUUUGUCCGCCUCGCAUGCCCGACAAGCUGCUCUGCCCCCCGUGGACCGAUGCCAAGCUUGGAUUUCUCCAAAUACUUUCGGUGGCCGCGUACAUCGACGAGGACUCGUUAUUGUCGCGUUCGAAGCGUGUGCUUCGACAGGUGAUCCGGGAUCGGGACUUGGCGACCUUUAGGCGAGUAAUACGGAUGCACAUUCUCGUACAGGACUACAAGUAUCCCCAGCGCUGGCCAGUUCCCAAUAGUAUUUUUCGCGCGGCAUUAAAGUAUGCAGACGAACGCGACGAUCCGUUCGUUAAGAUUAUGGUGAACCAUUGUUGGGAGGACAUCCCGCGCGAUGAUUUGCAGCUGAAGGACCAAUUAAUGACGAAAGCAGGGCUGAACAGAGUGGGAUGA